UUUUUUUUUCGCCCUCCACUUUUUCUUUUUCCCCACAUCAUUUCUUUCGUAAUAUAUAAACAAUUCUCACGCAAGCUCACACUUAUCAAGUCGCGCGCUGGUCCCUUCUUCUCUUUGAAUGAUUGAACUCACGUAUCAGCCAAAUAACUGGCCAACAAACAAAGAACAACACAAUGGCGAUGGCAAUCUCCUUGUUCUCGACGCUUCAUUCAAUCCUCCCACACAAGCCCACACAGCACUCAUUGAUGCCACAAUUCAGCAUUUCCCUCCAUCAACCUUUGAAAGCUGCUUACUCUUAUUCACCACCAACAAUGUCGACAAGCAACUUGUCGGUGCUUCUGCAUCCCAACGUCUCGACAUGAUGACACUAGUAGCACAACGACGUAACAACGAGCACCAACAAACAAUACCGACAGCCGUUGGCGUGACAACGCAUGGACGAUUCAUCGACAAGGCAACCGCACUCCAGUCACUAUGGCCACGAAAGACAUUCUACUUUAUCGUCGGAUACGAUACCGUGAUUCGAUUAUUGGACCCAGCCUAUUAUCCAGAAAAGUCAGUGGAUGAAGCACUGGCGCCCUUUUUCGAACAUUGCAAGCUCGUAUCUGUCGAUCGUGCAGGAUAUGGCGACAUGGAGAGCUUCUGGGCUUCUAAAAGUGCGCACGGGAUUGAACGCGUCGUGCUAAAGGAUGAAAAGGUUGCUGCACUGUCGAGUACCCUGGCGCGUUCGAUGGAUCGCGGCCAAUUAGAAACGGCCGUGGAUGCGGAUGUGGCAGAGUAUAUUCGUAAACAUGCAUUGUAUCUCUAAAAACGAAAAAAUAAAG